UAACAUGUUGUCAAAGCUUACUGGGUGAAGGGUUACUACCUCUUGAUAAGGUCUGUGCUCCUCCUCCUCUUUUUGUCCCACUACUUCUUCUCCUAUGUCAAACUGUCUCAUGCCAUUCACUUCGCUCCGCUGUGCAGUUUACAUGUCAUCAUGCUAAUCUUAUUACUUCUAGCAGCUGUGGGGUUUUUUGUCUUUCUGUUUCCCCGUAGUUAUUUUUUCCAGGAUUGUCAACACGUGCUCACAAGAUGGAAAAUCAAGCAACGCAUCCAGGCGGUCAUGCAGACAAACUACGUCUUGGUGGACCAGUUUGCAGACACGGUGAAGGCGCAGCCACACAAGCCGUACCUACGUUACAAAGACGAGACUUUUACCUACCUGGACGCCGAUGAGCUCAGUAACAAAGCGGCCAGAGCUCUGCUGCAGAGUGGACGUGUUAAAGGAGGAGACACGGUCGCUUUGUUUAUCGGGAAUGAGCCCACGUUUUUGUGGCUGUGGUUCGGUUUGCAGAAGAUCGGAUGUCCCGCUGCUCUACUCAACUACAACAUCAGAUCCAAGUCUCUGUUACACUGCUUCAAAUGCAGCGGUGCCAGGGCUCUGGUGGCUGCUGAAGAGUUACAGGAUGCUGUGGAAGAGAUCCUGCCCUCUCUACUGGAGCAACAGGUCAGUGUUUUCAUCCUGGCCAACAGAUGCAAGAUUAAAGAUGCAGAGAACUUCAAAGACAAAAUGAGCAAAGCCUCCUCUGAGCCUAUACCUAAAGAUAUGAGGUCUCAUGUAACAAUGAGGAGUCCUGUGGGCUACAUCUACACAUCAGGAACAACUGGUCUCCCUAAAGCCGCCGUGGUCACUCAGACCAAACUGUGGAUGUACAGUUUGUUUCAGCAGCUUGGAGGAGUGAAACAGAGUGAUGUGAUCUAUGUGAGCCUUCCUCUGUAUCACAGCGCUGGACUCAUCGGAGCUUCUGGAGCUGUCGAGAGAGGUAUUACCGUCGUUCUGAGGAGUAAAUUUUCUUCAUCACAGUUUUGGGAUGACUGCAGAAAAUAUAACGUCACAGUCAUACAGUACAUUGGUGAAAUAAUGCGCUACCUCUGCAAUACUCCAAAGAGACCCAACGAUCAAAUCCACAAAGUUAGACUUGCGAUAGGGAACGGGGUGAGGGAAGACGUUUGGAGGGACUUCAUCAGCAGGUUUGGAAACAUAGAUAUAAGAGAGUUUUAUGGAGCAACAGAAGGGAACUUUUCCCUACUGAAUUACAGCGGCAAGAUCGGAGCUAUUGGCCGAGACACCUUCAUGCACCGGUGGUUGUUUAAGUACGCUCUGGUCAAAUACGACGUAGAUGAAGAAAAGCCAGUGAGGGAUUCUUCUGGUUUCUGCGUAGAGGCUGACAGAGGUGAACCUGGACUUCUGGUAACAGAAAUCACACUGAGGACACCAUUUUCUGGUUAUGCAGGAGAUCCACAGCAAACUGAGAAAAAGAGGCUACACAAUGUUUUCAAGACAGGAGACAUGUACUUUAACACCGGUGACCUCCUACGCAUUGAAGAUGAUUUCUUCUACUUUCAGGAUAGAGUUGGAGACACUUUCAGAUGGAAAGGAGAGAACGUGGCCACAACGGAGGUUGCAGACGUCAUCACGCUGGUUGACUGCAUUAAAGAAGUGAAUGUGUAUGGAGUUGAAGUGCCAGGUCUUGAGGGAAGAGUUGGCAUGGCUGCCAUUUCUUUAAGCGACGGACAGCAGUUUGAUUCCAAAGGUGUUUUUAAACAUGUGGAGAAAUUCCUCCCGACCUACGCCCGGCCCCGUUUUCUGAGGAUUCAAGAUACCUUGGAGGUUACAGGCACAUUCAAACAUAUGAAGACGAAGCUGGUGCAGGAAGGCUUCAACCCGGAUCAAAUUACGGCACCACUCUACUUCAUGGAUGAAAAACUUCAGGAUUACGUCUCACUGAAAAAGGACAUUUUUGAUGCAGUCAUAUCAGGGAAAAUCAAGAUCUAACAUGCUUUUCUUUGCCUCUUUUUUAAAGGGAAAAUAAAUAUUUUAUAAAUGA